CGCGUCGGUAGAUAUAUAAAUAUUUGUUGUUUUUUCAUUUCGCGGUAAAAUAAGAAAACAAUUGGACAUCACUUAUUAGAAUUUAAGCAAUGGUAAAACUUGGCAAGAAAAAAUUGUCUAGUACAACCGACCUUACCGUUAAAAGGUCGCAGAGGCAUACAGAUUCCGAGGAUUCUGUAGAAAAGAGAGAAAAGGUUGAAACACCACAAUCGGGCGAAGAGGAACCCAAGCAAACAAAUGGUAAAAAUGGUCGUUCCGCUAAGAAACAAAAACUCGAAAAGGAGCACACUGAGUCGGAGACCGGUAGCGAUGGCGACGAUGUGCCAUUAAACGGCAAAGGGUCUACCUCCAUUUCAUCGACACCCAAAAAGAAAGUCAAAGGUACAAAACCCAAAGCCAAAAUGACUCCAGCUAUUAAAAAAAUGAACGACGACGAGGAAGAACAAAAUGAGGAACAAAACAAUCCUGAUGAAGAUAAAGAAUAUGAGGUGGAGGCAAUUAUCGGUCAUAAAACCCAGCGCGGAGAAUCGUAUUUCCUUGUACACUGGAAGGGUUACGACAAGGAUGCUGAUAGCUGGGAGCCGGAAGCUGAGCUGAAUUGCGAUGAUCUUAUUCAAGAAUAUCGUAAAAAGACGAGCAACAAGCGAAAAUCAUCUACAGGCAACAAGUCCGAGCCAGCAGUAAAAGGCGUACGUGGACGCAAACCGAUGAAAAAAGUAGAAAGUGAUCCCGGAAAGGAGUGGGUGGUGGAGCGUAUUGUCGACUUUGUAAAUGAUGAUGACCAUGGUGGACUUUAUCGCAUUCGCUGGAAAGGCUUCACCGCCAAGGACGAUACCUGGGAGCCAGAAACUAAUCUAUCGUGCAAUGCCCUUAUAGAAAAAUUUAAAAAGAAUAUGGAUAGCCAACGCAAUGUAGAUGUCAAGCAUUUGCGUGAGUCUCCAAAGAAAACCAAGCGUCUUGUCAAUGAGACAAUACCACGUUCUGAUAUGAACAGUCGCAUAGAACGCACUUCUAAGCGCUCUGCCGCAAAGAAUAGGGUUUUCUACGGCGAGGAGUAACCAGUAACAUUAUAGAAUACCAUAAUUGCUAAACUGGCCUAAACGAAAUUUUAAGUAUAAACUAUAAAACACACAAAAACGGAAAUCAAUCUUAGAUUAAGUGCAAACAGGCAACUUAGCCAUCAAGUAUACAUAGCUCAUAGAUAUUUAUGUAUGUAUUUUUUUCCUUUUUUUUAAAUGGAAGCUAUGCUGUUUAGCUUCGAAGAAAAACCCAUUUUGGUUCAUUCUCGAUCCCUCGUUCUUUUAUAGUUUUUAUGUAUUAAUCAUUUGUUUAGUAAUAAACGUAAAUGAACUAUUACAGAUAAAAUUAUGAGAAUCUAAUCCACUGCGUUUUGUGUUAUCUCGAUCAGAAUAAGAAAAGGGUAAUCAAACUGAUGGGGCGUUUACUCACUGGGAUGGUUAAAAACUCGGGCGCCUUCUCUGCUAUGCUCGCGUUUUAUUGCAUGCUUCAAAAUUCUGUAAAUU